AUGCCAACUCUACCAGAAUCCGUUUGGGCCUGGAAAUGCACACCAGGAGCGGAUAAGGUGCUUCACAAGGAGGACAUUCCACUUCCGAAGGUCGAACCCAAUGGCCUCCUCGUCAAAAUCAAAGCCAUGGGAGUAUGCCACAGCGACUGUCUCAUCAGAGACUUACCAGAGGCUCCGGCACAAUGUCUGAAAGAGUGGACACUCGGUCACGAAGGAGCAGGCGAAGUCAUCGAGAUAGGAACCGAAGUCGACAAGUCCGCAUUUGAAGUCGGAGACAUGGUAGCGAUACACCCAGUUCCGGGUUGCGGGAAGUGUCUGCCUUGCCAAUCGGGGUACCAACGUAUCUGCCAAACUUCUGGAAAGGGUGGGUAUGGCCUUGGAUACGAUGGCUUCAUGCAGGAGUAUCUAGCAGUCCGGGCAGACGCUUGCGCAAAAGUGCCAGAUGGUGUGCCAGCAGAACACGCGUGUAUUGCUGCAGACGCGUUGCUGACAGCUUAUCAUGCUGUUAAGUACACAGCUGAUGUGAAACCGGAUCAAAUCAUUGCCAUCACUGGACUAGGUGGUCUCGGUCUAAAUGGCUUACAGACAGCCCUCCACCUCGGAGUCAAGCGUAUCAUAGCUUUCGACAAGCGGCAAGAGGCACUCGACUUCGCCAUUCGCAUGGGACUUAAAGCCGAAGAUGCGUAUUGCACGACUGAGACUCAAUCGAAACCCAUCCCAGAGAUCCUUGCCGAGAAGGGCAUCGUAAUCGACACUGUCAUCGACUUCGUCGGACACGAAGAAACCAUAAGUCUCGCGCAACAAAUCAUCUGCCCAGUUGGCCUCAUCGUCAUGGUCGGACUGCUGAGCCCAGCAGUCCCCGUCGUGCCAUAUCUUGUGACACAAAAUUGCCUGACGAUCAAAGGCUCGUUUUGCGGAGACAUGAACGGGUUGAAUGAAGUGCUGCAGCUGCUCAAAGAAGGCGUUUUGAAGCCUGAGACCAGCACCGGUUCCAUUGACGACAUGCCACAAACGCUUCAAGAUCUCGAUGACGGCAAGAUAGUCGGAAGAAGGAUCCUGCUUCCAAAUUGGUCCAAAGGUGGUGAGAAGCUCUAG